GCACGUGAUAUUAAAAUCACGCAAAUGUAAUGUUUUCACUUUCUCAUUAGAACAAAAGGCGGGAGCACUACAUUCGAACACUCAUCAUUUUUCAUUUUCCCCCUCACUCACUACUUUCUCUCUCCUGAAUCACCAUAACAAACUCUGCCAAAAACCCUUUUCCCCCUUCUUCUCCUACUCUCAAACUUCACAGUUGGUUAACAAUGGCGGAAAAUCCAGAAAAAGUAAUUUCCGAUAUCGGCAAAAAACUUGCUCAACAAACUCGUCUUUCUAAAGAUUUUCUCAUUAAAUCACUUCGGCAAGCUGCGAAUGCUUUGCUGGACCUUGAUCAGGUUCCCUCGCUAAAACCUUUCAUAAGGCCAUUCAGUCAGUCUCUUGCAAAGCAUGGACUGGUUCAUCAUAAAGACAAAGAUGUCCGGUUACUAGUUGCUGUUUGUUUCUGUGAAAUUAUUCGGGUCCUUGCGCCUGACCCUUCAUUUGAUGAUAAAAUCUUUAAGGAUAUUUUUGAGCUUUUUGUUAGUAUGUUUAUGGAUCUUGCUGAUACCACAAGCCCUUAUUUUUCAAGAAGAGUUAAAAUAUUAGAGACCAUUGCAACUCUGGAAUGCUGUCGUCGGAUGCUAGAUCUGGACUGUGCUGAUUUAAUCUAUAAAAUGGUCAAAACAUUCUUCUCUGUCGUAAGGGAGGAGCACCCGCAGAGCUUGAUUAGUGGUAUGCUGUCCAUCAUGUCACUAAUAUUGAAUGAAGAAGAGGCUCCUCAGCCACUUCUGGAGCUGAUUCUAAGGAAUCUAAGAAACAAGGGAGAGGGUCCUGCUCCUGCUUCUUAUCGUCUUGCCGUUGCUCUUAUUCAAAAUUGUGCAGAAGCUAUCAAGCCUGCUGUCUGUGGACUUUUAAUGUCUUGCAUUUCAGAUAGAGAGAGUGUGACAAGUGAUCUGAAAGAAUAUUAUCAUGAAAUGAUAUAUGAAAUCUUUCAGUGCACUCCACAUAUGCUUCUUGCAGUCAUCCCAAAUUUAGCUCAAGAAUUAGUGACUGAUCAAGUGGAUGUCAGGAUAAAAUCUGUUAACUUAAUUGGAAAACUUCUCGCACUGGUUGAAGAUCAUGGUAUACAAGAACACCAUUACCUAUUUGUUGAACUUCUGAAAAGAUUUUCUGACAAAUCAGCUGAAGUCAGAAUCAGUGCUCUACGCGCUGUUAAAACUUGCUACUUGGCUAACCCAUCUGCAAUCGAAUCAGACAAAAUUCUUUCUUCCCUUGAAGGCCGUCUGCUGGAUUUUGAUGCCAGUGUAAGGACAGAGGCAAUAGCGAUUGUUUGUGAUUUGGCCAAGUUUAGCUUGAAAAACUUCCCGGAAGCUCUAAUAGCUCGGGCUACUGACCGACUUCGUGACAAGAUGACCUCAGUUAGGAAGGAGGCCCUGAAGAAGUUGCUAGAAGUUUAUCGUGAGUAUUGCACCAAGUGUCAUGCAGGGCAGAUAGAACUUAAUGAAUCUUAUGAGCGAAUUCCCUGCAAAGUACUGGUGCUUUCUUUUGAUAAAAAUUUGAAGGAGUUCAGGCCCCAAAACUUGGAGCUUCUUCUGGCAGUGGAUUUCUUUCCAGCAUCUCUUCCAGUGGAUGAUAAAUUGAAACAUUGGAUCUACCUGUACUCAAUUUUCACCUCUGCUCAUGUUAAUGCACUAAAUCUGAUAUUAUGUCAAAAAAGAAGGUUUCAAACAGAGAUGCAAAGCUAUUUAUCCCUUCGGUUAAAUGCAGAGGGAAAUGAUACAAAAGAGGUGGAUGCGAGAAUAAAAGGUUCUUUCACACGAAUGUCAGCAGCAUGCCUUAAUUCUGUCAAAGCAGAAGAAUCAUUUUCUAAGCUGAACCUAUUGAAGGAUGAUAACCUUUUUUUUCAAUUGUCCCGAUUGUUGGAAGAACCAGAAUUUUCAAGUGCAGAGGCUUUGAGGGAGAAUUUUUUGAAAAGCAUUGGGGAUAAGCAUCCUCUUUUUGAAUUUUUGGAACUGCUCUCUUUGAAAUGUUCAAACAAUAUAUUUUGUGCUGAGCAUGUUCGAUAUAUUUUGGAUCAUGUUUCUGGCAACAGAUGCAGAGAUAAACAUCAGAAGGAAUCUGCUUUUAACCUCCUGUCUGAUAUUGUCAGAAACUUCCCGAAACUUAUGAGAGGUUCAGAAGAACAAUUUAAAAUGCUGAUACUAGAGGAGGAUUCCUCAUGGUGUGCGAGGUUACUUCAGAUGUUAGCAAAAGCUGGUCCAUUUAUAACCAUGGAACUCAGUGAAAUCUACCCGCUGCUGGAGAGGUUAUGCCUUGAGGGGACUCGUGCUCAGUCCAAGGCUGCUAUAUCAGUCAUUGCUGCAUUACUUGAUCCUUCUGAACAAUAUCUUUGGGCGGAGCUGUUCCAGAAACUUGUGAAGUCACUUAAUAGUGACUGUAACCUUCCCACUGUAUUGCAGUCUCUGGGAUGUCUAUCACAACAUGCUGUUGUGGUAUUUCAGAAACAGGAAAAUGAAAUACUAUCAUACAUACAGAAAAGAAUUUUUGAGAACAAAAUGUAUGGAGAUGCUGUUGUGGUAGAUGAGAAAUCUGGAAGCAAUGUCUCCUUCCGUUGCAUGAAAAUUUAUGGGCUAAAAACCCUAGUCAAGAGUGUCUUACCAAAGAAACAAAAUUAUGGGAAAGUACAAAUAAGUAACUUGUUGGAUAUUUUGUCCAAAGUGCUACUAACAGAUGAUUUUGCUGAUGCUGCAACAGUAUGUGAUAACGACAUGGCUCACAUUAGAUUAGCAGCUGCUAAGGCUGUUCUGCGGCUUUCAAGACGGUGGGAGAUACAUAUUUCACCCCAAUUAUUUCAGUCAACUAUUCUGAUGGCAAAGGACACUUCUUUUGUACGUGAAGCAUUUCUUGAUAAAACUCACAAGUUACUGAAAGGACGUGUUGCCUCAAGUAAAUUUGCUUGUGCAUUUCCUUUGGCUGCAUCUGAUUGUGUCAAAGAUCUGCAAGAUAAGUCAUUAAAUUAUUUGAUAGAGUUCAUCAAGGAAAACAGCAAAGCUGCUCGCAUUUGUUCUACUUUGGGAAAAGAAGGAUCAAUGACCGAUAGCCCAGCUUACACAGUGGUGUUCUUGCUCCAUGUUCUUGCUCAUGAUGCAGGAUGUCCACCUGUAAACUCUCAUAAUGAAGAGCAUACUGCUCAGUUUUGCAGUCUUUGUUGCAGGCCACUUCUUCUCCUUUUGCAUCUGUUGGUUAACUCUCAAUUUGUUGACGGGGACUUGGAUCUUGCCAAAAAAAACUUUCUGUAUUUGCGAAGUAUUUUUCGGGCCAUCAGAAGAGCCGAGGAUGUUGUAGAUCCUGAGAAAACACCUAAGCUGCAUAUGUUAGCAGAGAUUGGACUGUCAGUUUUAAAUUCUCUAAAACAUACUUUCAUUAAUUUGUCCCGUGCCCCUGGACUAGUUCUUCUUCCAUCAUCGCUGUAUAGAACUAAUGAGGAUAAUUGCUUUUCAGUAGAAUUCCAGGUCAAUGAAAAUUUUCUGAAAAAGCUUGUUCAAGUCUUUGAAUGUGAUUUUACUCAGUUGUCUAGCUCAACUGUUAAGCGUAGUCGCAAAUACCUGAAAGACGGUUUGCAAGGUCAGAAUGCCCUUGAGUUACCCAUGUCUAAGCAAGUUGAACUGUCAAAAAAUAGGACAGCAGACAAAAAGGUUGCCGAGAUAGAGAUGGCCUCAAAUUGUGUCCUUGAAGCAUGCCCCAAGGGAAGACAACAAAGUGCAGUAGAUAACUCUUCCGUUGGAGAACUACAAUUGCUAGUUGGUUCAUCAGUUAUUGAAGAGGUUGAGGCAAAUAUUUCUGCAGAUAUUGUACAUGUACCCGCAAAAGAGCAUCAAAUCGAUUCUGAGUCUGCAACUUUGGAACUCUUUGAAAUUGAAUCAGAUAUUUCUACUCAAGAGGUUGAUAUCUCGUUGAAAAAUUCACCUCAAAAUGAGAGGAAAAGGAAAAAAUUCUGUGAUUUUACAGAAAAUCUGGGUCACUGUGAAACAAAUGUCAGACAAAGUUGCAGCUCAGGCGGGUCAACUGUUUCCCUUCUCCGGCAGCGCGGUUCCAAAAAACAGUGUUCUAAUGACAUUGGAAGUAGAAUUACCACUGUUUCAAGAGCAGGCGGUGCUAAAUCACAAGGAUCAGGAACAAGUCAGCGGAAUAUUCUGUUAGAUAGAACAAACUCAUUGUCAGUGAAUGGCUUGCCGAAACAUUCUCAGCCUAAGAAGAGUUGUCUGGGACUCAAAAUAUCUACAGACACAUCAGAGUCCGAUGUUUCUCAUGAGAACCAGGAUGCGAUUGCCUUCAGAACUCGGAGACGGAAAGUUUAACUUGUUAACUUAUGUUUGCUACAUACUAGUAUCAGACGCGUGUAUUCCUGAGUGCAGUGCAUAAUUAUUGACAUGCAAGCUUCUGUAAAGCUAAUAGCUUUUUAUAUAUAUAGGGUGCUUCUGUAAAUGUCCUGUAAUCAGCAUCUGCUGUAAUAUCCUUACUAAAGUUUAUAGAAAGGACUGAUUUUGGAGCUA